ACUGCUGACGUAGAGUGGCAAGCUUGGGAAGGGAAGUGCAGCUGCAGCCAGACCCAGGCAGUGUCCGAGAAGAGUUCUUCAGUAUCUUCCAAGGGUAGGCACGUAGGAGGGUAGGGAGAAAAAGCAGACAUCGAGAUCGAAACAGCGUUGGUAGGAGUUUACUCUCAUUUUCUGGGGGACACUUUCGGGACUGCGGGCGGUUCGAGGCACUGCAGACUGCAGGCGAGGAGAAGGAACUUUGUUUUUCCGAAGUGGUAAAGGGGUGGGAGCCAGUCCCCCUACUGCUGCUCUACGGAGGAGAAGGAGAAAUACCAAUGCCUGGACUCCCGCUGGGGGAGGUGGAAGAGAACGAAGCGGGAGAGUAGUAGCCGCUGCUAACCCGGAACCGUCUCUCCAGAAACAACAGCCCGUCGCUGGAAGAACUGGGGCCGCCUCCUCCCUCUCCCAUUCCAGACUGAGUGGUCUAGGUUAGGAGGAUGAACGGAGACAGCCUAGCCAUCUCUAGCUCAUUACCCACCAUCCCUUAUCAAAAGCUCGCCGACCUGCGGUUCCUGAGCAGGGGGGCAUCAGGCACCGUAUCCUCGGCACGCCACUCUGACUGGCGCGUUCAGGUGGCAGUGAAGCACCUGCAUUUCCAGACCCCGCCGCAGGAAAGUGAAAUAAGUGAUAUCUUAAGAGAAGCCAAGAUUUUACACAAAGCAAGAUUUAGUUAUAUCCUUCCAAUUUUGGGAAUUUGCUAUGAGCCCGAGUUCUUGGGAAUAGUCACUGAAUACAUGAACAAUGGAUCACUCAAUGAGCUCCUGCACAGGAAAAAUGACUAUCCUGACAUUGCUUGGGCUUUGAGAUUCCGAAUUCUGCAUGAAAUUGCAUUGGGAGUAAAUUAUCUUCACAAUAUGAACCCACCACUACUGCAUCAUGACUUGAAGACUCAAAACAUCUUAUUGGAUAAUGAAUUUCAUGUUAAGAUUGCAGAUUUUGGUUUAUCAAAAUGGCGGCAGAUGUCUUUAUCUCAAUCAAGGAAUAGUGUAUCUACCCCAGAGGGUGGAACCAUCAUCUACAUGCCACCUGAAAAUUAUGACCUCAGCCAGAAGUCACGGGCUAGCAUCAAACAUGAUAUAUACAGCUUUGCUAUUAUCAUGUGGGAAGUGUUGUCCAGAAAGCAGCCCUUUGAAGAAGUUAUCAAUCCCUUGCAGAUAAUGUAUAGUGUAUCAAAGGGAAAUCGACCUGAUACUGACACAGAAAGUUUACCACUUGAUAUUCCACAUCGAACUCGGAUGAUUAACCUAAUUGAAGCUGGAUGGGCACAAAAUCCAGAUGAAAGACCAUCUUUUUUAAAAUGUCUGAUAGAACUUGAACCAGUUAUGAGAACCUUUGAAGACAUUAGCAUUCUUGAAGCUGUCCUUGAGCUGAAGAAAACGAAGUUACAGAAUAAUUCGAGUAUCAUUUCUUUAUGUUCCAAGAAGACAAUGGAGUACCCUCUCAACAUACCUGUAAAUCAUGGUCCACAGGAGGAAUCAUGUGGAACUCAGGUGACUGUAAGGAGUGAUCCUGAAAUAGCAAGGUCUCUAUCAACCACUCAAGACAAUGUCUUUUCUUCUGUACAAAAUCAAGAGUUGUCAACACUGCCUCAUUCAGUAGCAAAUAACAGCUGGGUUGGUAGCAUUUCUUCAAUCCAAAGGGCUAAAUUGUACAACCAGCAGACAACUUAUUCUUCAGCAGUAAUACAGCCGCUCAGAGCUGAAGGAAAUUCAGAUCUCCUGUCAGAGAGUCAGGGAAAUGAUAUUGCCCAGCAGUGGAUCCAAAGCAAAAGGGAAGACAUUGUGAACCAGAUGACCGAAGCUUGUCUCAACCAGUGCCUGGAUGCCCUUCUGUCAAAGGAUUUGCUUAUGAAGGAAGACUAUGAACUUAUUUACACCAAACCUACAAGGACCUCAAAAGUGAGACAAAUGUUAGAUACCUCCGACAUCCAAGGAGAAGAGUUUGCCAAAAUUAUAAUACAGAAAUUGAAAGAUAACAAACAAUUGGGUCUUCAGCCAUACCCAGAAAUAUCUGUGGUUUCUAGGGGAACAUCUUUAAAUUUAUACCAAAAUAAAAGCUUUUAAGUGUUUACUUACCAGGAGGGAAAGUUAUUUUAUGAAAAGACAUUUUUUCUCUCUCAUGAUUCAGCUACAACAAUAUUUUGAAAAUUAUAUUAUAACAAUUAUAAACUAUAUUUUGAAAAUUAAGUGUAUCACUGAGAUCUCUUUUAAAGUUAUUGUAAUUAUUUCUGGACUCAACCCCACAGAACAUCAAAGUAUUUUUUUAUGAAUACGAAGUGGAAAAUUUUCACUGUAGGAGGUACCUUACUAUGUUGUAUUUUGUAAAUUUAUGUUGUUUUAAGGAUAAAGUAAUUUUAUGUGUUCAUAAAAAGUGUUAUAUGAAAUAUUUUUCUGAUGUAAGCCAUUUCUACAAUUGCUAGCUUUGUGAAGGAUUUAUUACUUGACUAAAAUACACUAAGAUUUCAGUAAUGUAUUUUUCUGAUUGUAAGCCAUUUCUAUAAUUGCUAGCUUUGUGAAGUAUUUAUUAUUUGCCUAAAAUACAUUAAGGUUU